CUCCCCCCCACUUUUUCAAAAGAAAAAUACCACUAAAUCAUUGUCCAUCGCAAUCCCUUAAUUACCUCUUAAGUUUUCACUUUAGUUUCCUGCCUGACUCUCUUUCGAUCGCAUCGAAAAUUCGUGAACAAACUUGUCCAUGUUUUUUUUCUACUUUUAAUUUGGCACAAGUGACGAAAAAAAAAUUGAAAUCGUGAUAGUGAAUAUUUUGUGAAAAAUGAUGCCGGUGAAUAGUUACGAAUAUCCGGAAAGUCGACCUUCUUGGGACAAAAAUUUUCCAUUCGUGACGAUAAUAGAACAUCCUUCACAUUCAUUACGUUUUCGUUAUGAGUGCGAACGACGGUGCGCUGGAAGAAUUUUGGGUGAAAACAGUGUUGCGGAGAGAAGAACUUUUCCUACGAUUCAAAUCCAUGGAUAUAAGGGGCCAGUGGUUAUUGUUGUGUCAUGUGUUACUAGGGACAAUCCACCGCGACCUCAUCCGCAUAGUAUUAUGGGGAAGAAUUCAUCCGCGAAUGGAAUAUAUUCGUUGAAGAUGAACAUUGUCGAUGGGAUCGUGACUUUCACGCAUUUAGGAAUUCAGUGCAUGAAGAAGAAACAAGUCGCGGCUGCUCUCGAAAUUCGCAAACGGGAAAAUGUCGAUCCGUACGGAACUGGAUUUGAGCACAUGGAAUAUCCCGAUUCUAUUGAUCUCAAUUCGGUUAGGCUCUGCUUUCAGGUUUUCAUCCAAGGUCCCCAGAAGAAGUUCAAUGUGCCUUUGAAGCCCAUAGUCAGUAAUCCGAUUUACGACAAAAAGGCGAAUGAGGACCUGGUAAUCUGCAAACUAAGCGUGUGUAGUGCUCCAGUUUCGGGCGGCACCGAAGUGAUCCUCCUGUGCGGAAAAAUAAGUCGCGACGACAUUCGAAUCCGCUUCUUCGAGGUGCGGAACGAUUGGCUAUUCUGGGAGGGUUUCGCCGACUUCCAACCGGUUAAUGUUCAUAAACAAGUGGCGAUUGUCUUUCGUACCCCGGCCUACUGCAACCAGGACAUUACCGAACCGGUUGGGGUGCAAAUUCAACUGCAAAAGAAAUCCGACGGUUCGACUAGCAAACCCCUGCCGUUCAUCAUGCUUCCGAUGGAAAUGGGAGACACGAAUAUGCUGAAGCGAAAACGGGCCCGAUUCGACUUCACCCCUAAGUCCUUCAUGCUGAAGCAAAUGGAAAUCCAGGCGGAGAAGCGCAGCGCGAUAGUGAACCAGUCCCUACUGCUCAACUUCCCAAAUUCUAAGGAUCAAAUUCCGCAAGGACCAAUGUUCCACAACCAAGCCGCGAGUCUUCCUGAAAACAACUUCCCCCCUCGGGACCUCAACAUCCACUGUGACCAAACCAUUCACGAAACUUACGGAACCCCUGUUCCACCUCCCGUUCCAACACCGGUUCCAACACCCGUUCUAGCACCCGUCCCCCAACCGCGAAAUUCCCUCAUCGAAACCACAAACAACAAUGCCAAAGAACCUAAAGCAAAAGCCUCCCGCAAAAAAACAACCCCCAGGGCAAGAGUGCAAAAACCGCCCGAGGCUCCUCAACCAGAACCACGUCGUCGUUUCGAAACCCCGCCACCGAAUGUCACGAUGAAUUCAUACGCGUAUCGUGACACACCACUGCCUAGACCCUGGCAAGAGAUGGAAAGGUAUCCGACGUAUUCGCAUCAGCAACAACAACAACAACAACAAGCUGUUGACAUGAACUCCUAUAUGAACAACCUUCCUUCCUGUGACUACGAUCCUCGGGGUGCAGCUCUUAAUUUCGAUCCUCAACAAACUCUCGACAAUUCGGACACUAUUUCGGACAAUCUCUCCAAGGGACUCUCAAUAUCGGACGAAAUUCAGGAUACCUUUCAGAAUAUUCAUGAAUUGAAUAGAAAUGUGGAGGAGAGUCAGCAACGCAUCAAUGGAAAGUACAUGGCGAACUAUGCUCCCAAUCAGGCCAGUGCGAAUGGUUCCAAUUGGAACGGUGUUAUGGGACAGGUCUACGAGAAUCAACCGAAUGAGAAUAAUUUCUUUACGUAAUUCCAAUCAACUACAGUGCUAAAAAAGCAGUGUUUCGAGAGCUUCCAACCAUGGAACCAGUGCGUUUGUUAAGAAAACUUUCUAUAAAUAAAUAAACAUAUGUAAAUAUGUAUAUAACUCUAAAGUUUCAAAUUCUUUUUUUAAAUAACAUUCAUUUACAAUUGAAUUAUUAUUUUUAUUUUAUUAUUAUUAUUAAUUUUUUAAUUUUUAUUUUUAUUAAUAUUAUUAUUAUUAUUAUUAUUAAUUAUUACAACCUAUUACUGUAAACAAUUAUUGUUACUGUAAAUUAUAAAGAUAAUUGUCAGUAUUAUUUACUUUAUUAUUGUGAACAUUAGUAAUUAAUUGAUAUACAGACAAAUUAUUAGUCUACAAAUUAUGCCUUCGUAUUAAUUAAUAUAAAAGAUAAUUUCAAGAAAAUAUGAAAUUAUAAUAAUAUAUAUAUAAUAAAGUAAUAGAAUUUAUUUUUUGGUAAAACAUUGUAAGAUGAAAAAUUAAAAAUAAUUAAUUUUUCAUAUUAACUGCAAUUUGUUUUAAAAUAUUUACAGUAUUAUAUAUACCUAAUAUUUUUUGUUUAUAAAUUUUUUGUCUGUCGAAAGAGGACGCAGCUGUGCUGUAGAAUUAUAAAUUAACAAGUUUUUAAUUAUUAUUUUUUUUGUUUUAAUACUUUGACUUUUGGAUAAUUGCGAUAUUUGUAUUUUUUUCAAAAUUCAAAACUUGAAAUAUAAGGAAAUUUUUCGAUAAAUAUAUUGAAAGUAAAGCUUUAAAAGCUCAAUUUAAUGACAAAUGUAAAUAAUUAAUAUAAUUUUGUAAAGGGGAAUUUUUCUCCAUUUUAUAAACCUUGGAAUCCUUGGAAAUAAAAUUGAUCUUUCACGAA